UUCACUUGUGAGCACGCCCUCAGCAUUUCACCGCGUUACAUCAUGACCAACAAUGCCACAGGCAGCAACAACUCUGCAAUUUACGUUCCAGUUGGCACAACCUGGGCUACAAGAGCUCAACUUCGUGCACAUUCCUUCCAUAAGGCCAAUACUGCUGGGAUAUAUGGGCGGGGUGGCCGGGCCGUCUCUAUUGUGGCAUCUGGCGGAUAUCCUGAUGAGGAUCAUGGUGACAUUCUGAUUUAUACUGGCACUGGUGGCAAGGAGAAUACUCGUUUUGGAGAUGGUCCACAGGUUGAAGAUCAAAAAUUCAGCCACCCCCAUAACAAAUGGCUUAGGAGUGCAAUGUAUAGACAAACUCCAGUCCAUGUCAUCCGUGGCAAGAACAGGAACAGUCUCUGGGCACCAGAAGAUGGAUAUUGUUAUGAUGGCAAGUAUCUUGUUACUGAUGCCUAUAUGGACAAGAGUCCAGAGGAUGGACAGUUCAUGCUUUGCAAGUUCCGCUUAGAGCGUGUUCCAGGCCAGCCACAGUUAACAAAGAACAGGGAAAUGUAA